GUGUUGGAGCUCUGUGUUAUUUCAGCCUCUUACAACUGAGACGGCAAGACAAGAGGAAGUACAGCAUCCUCUGCAAAAUUUGAGAUGGAACCCAUGAGUAUCAAGGAGGACCUGAGGCUCUUUCAGAGCACCCUGCUCCAGGACGGUCUGAAGGAACUUCUGAAGGAGAACAAAUUUGUGGAUUGCAUUCUGAAGGUUGGAGAUCGAAGUCUUCCCUGCCACAGACUCAUCAUGGCUGCGUGCAGCCCGUAUUUCCGAGAGCUUUACUUUACAGAAGACGGCGUUGAGAAGAAAGACUCCAGCAAGGAAGUAGUACUGGAGGACGUGGAUCCCACCAUUAUGGACAUGAUUGUGAACUAUCUCUAUUCCGCAGACAUCGAAAUCACUGAUGAGAACGUCCAAGACGUCUUCGCAGUCGCCAACAGGUUCCAAAUCCCAUCUGUAUUCACCGUUUGCGUCAACUAUCUUCAAAACAAGCUUUCGUUGGGAAACUGCUUGGCCAUCUUCAGAAUGGGACUGGUUUUGAACUGCCCUAGACUCGCUAUCUCCGCUAGGGACUUCAUAGCGGAGCGUUUUGAGACUUUGUCUAAGGAUGAGGAGUUUCUUGAGUUCAAUGCUCCUGAGUUGUUCGCCAUCAUCGGGUGUGAUGCCCUAAACGUGGAAAAAGAAGAGGUUGUCUUCGAGCUUUUGAUGAAAUGGGUCCGGAAGAACAAGGAAAACCGGGCGAAAGCUUUGGGAGAUGCUUUCGAACACAUCCGCUUCAGACUUCUACCAGAGAAAUACUUUAAGGAGAAGGUGGAAAAGGAUGACAUCAUAAAGGCCGACCCCGAGCUCGCCAAGAAGCUGAAGGUCAUCAAAGAAGCGUUUGCUGGAAAACUUCCACAAAGUAAAGAGGGUGAAAAAGACGAAGGAGAAGACAGGGAGAACGUGUUGCCUGGCUUUCUCAAUAACAAUAAACGGCUAGGGAUGUUCAAUAGGGAUCUCAUCCUGAUGAUAAACGACACUGCGGCAGUGGCCUAUGAUGCUAAUGAAAACGAAUGCUUCCUAGCGGCCAUAGCAGAGCAGAUACCUCGAAAUCACGUUAGCAUCACGUCGAAGAAGAACCUGCUGUAUGUUUUGGGAGGACUGUUUGUUGAUGAAGACAACAAGGAAUCACCACUGCAGUGCUAUUUCUACCAGCUGGACACUCAUGCUCCAACCUGGUUAGCCCUGCCACCAAUGCCGUCGCCCAGGUGUCUGUUCGCCAUGGGGGAGUUUGAAAACCUCUUGUUUAUAGUUGCUGGUAAAGACCUGCAAUCCAACGAGUCUCUGGACUCAGUGCUGUGUUAUGAUGUUGAUAAAAUGAAGUGGCAGGAGACCAAAAAACUGCCAUUAAGAAUUCACGGUCACUGUGUAAUCUCACAAAACGGACUAGUUUACUGCAUAGGAGGAAAGACGGAUGAAAAUAAAACUAUCAACAAGAUGUUUGCAUACAACCACAAGAAGUCCGAAUGGAAAGAGUUGGCAGCCAUGAAGACACCCAGGUCCAUGUUUGGAGCCGUCGUCCUCAAAGGAAAGAUCAUUGUGGUUGGAGGGGUCAAUGAAGAUGGCCUUUUAAGCUCUUGUGAAGCCUAUGACUUUGGAACAAACAAAUGGGAGGCAUUCCCUGAGUUUGUGCAGGAGAGAAGUUCUGUGAAUUUGGUCAGUGCUGCUGGUGUCCUGUAUGCGGUGGGUGGCUUCGCUGUGCAGGAGAACGAGGACAAACAGUGUGUCCCAUCAGAAAUCACAGACAUCUGGCAGUAUGAGGAAGACAAGAAACAGUGGACUGGAAUGAUACGAGAGAUGCGAUACGCUGCCGGCGCCUCCUGUGUUUCUAUGAGACUAAAUGCAGCAAAGAUGCCUAAACUUUAAAAACAUCACCACCUGUUAUAGAUUAUGUCCAAUAAUAAAGUGUAACUAUGUUUUAAAGCAGCAGAAUUGACAAAAAACAUUUAAAGUCAACAUGAAAUCAAACCUGACUAUUUACUAUGCAAUGCACAUUCCCAGUUUUUGUAAGUUUUAAUCAAAAUGAAAUACAACUUUCUCCGCCUCUAAAACAACUUUCCAUCGCUCUUCCUUACCAAAGUAAAAUGUGUAGCGAAUGAUGUGUCAUGUUGACUUUAAGAAGAAAAUUGACCAUAGGUUUUAUUUCAUGUUCUGUUGUGAAAUGUGGUGCAGUUGAGGAAAACAUUUAUACAAUGGAUGUCAAAAUUAAAUUUACUUCUUUUUUUCAUCCAAACACACCUCUUUUCUCUUUUAUA